AUGAGCAGUUUACUCGGGGCCAGCAGUUUGCAGCAGAAUGUCAUUGCAGAGAUGUUAACUGAGUUGGAAUCAUCAGGAUCAUUUCACAGCCUCCAGCAAGCUGUUGCCAAUGAAAAGGAAAGAAAGGCUAACUUUUAUAAUGUCAUAACCAGAGAAGAAAAUGGGAGAAAGAAAAUCAAAUCACUCCAGAAGCAAAUACAGGAAGUCAAACAGGAGAAAGAACUGGAAAUGCAGAGCCGCAGUGAACUUAUUGCUCACCUGAAGGAUCAAGUGCAAGAAAUGAAAGCCAAAACUAGCAUAGAAGGCAAGUAUGUCAAGAAAGACACAGACCUGAUGAUCUCCCAGACUCAAAGAAAGUGCGGCAUUGCAGAGGCAGAGCUUCAGACUGAGCUUCAGAGGGUCAAGGAAAAAGUGGAUGAGGAGAUAAGAGUGCACAUAGAGAUUGAGAAUUUUCUCAGGCAACAUCAACAGGAACUGGAGCAGAAGCUUGAAUACUGGAUGGAAAAGUAUGAUAAAGACACAGAAGAAAAACAGGCUGAGCUAAAUUCUCUAAAGGCCUCCAGAGCACAUGACCUCGCCCUUCUGCAGGAGAUGGCCACAAAGUGUAAAGACUUUGAGAAGGUGAUAAUUGAAGAUCGAUUGGAGAAGGAGAAAGCACAGCGGCAGAAGAUACAGGAAAUGAAGGAAUUAACAAGCGUCAUCAAACUCCAGGCAUGGUGGAGAGGUAUGAUGGUGCGGAGAGGUUUGGGAAGCUACAAGAAAACAAAAAGCAAAUCGGGCAAGGAAAAAGGCAAGAAAGGCAAAGCCAAAAAAGGUGGCAAAAAGAAAUGAUCUCUUCCUUGUUUCUUCCCAUCUGUCAAGAAGCAUACAAUAAUUAGCAAAUGUACAGUUCACAAGGUUCUAGUGAAGAAUAAAUGAUAUUGAUAGAAUAAAAGGUGCUAUGAACAAAAA